AUGGAGCGUUCGAGGCCGGACAUCUCGUUUCACGAUGGCUCUCUCAGCUCAAAUUCCCCUAAAGAGCCGCAACACGGAGACCACGAGGCCCUGUAUCAAGCCCUGUCUGAUAAGAUCAGGGAGCAGGCAAGGGAGAUCCUGGAACUCAGGGAGCAGGUAGCGUCAGCCGACAUCUCUCGCGGCUCCAAUGCCCUCAAUAAGAGCAGCAAGAACAGCUCGAUGUCGUGCGAUGUGUUGAAGCAAAUGAUAACCAUCUCGAAAGAGUACAAGCAAGUCAACAGAAAACUCGAGAGCUCGUUGAAUGAGAAGAAGAACUUGAGGAAAACUCUGGAAGCGAGAGAGAAGGAACUGAUGGCUGCGGAGAGGCAAGUCUCUGUGCUGCAGAAGGCCCUGCAAGAAUCGAAAGCUGCUGGGACCAGCGAGCCUUCGCAGCAGGGAUCCAACAGAGAAGCUCUUGCGACUUUGGCAAAGGCAUUGAAGAGUUUGCAGAACAAAUUUUCGGUGAAAGAGAAGGAGUAUGACGAAUUAUUUGCAAAGUACAAUGACGUGAAGAAUGCGGCAGAUGAAGAAGCAGCAUACAACAAGUCAUUGAAGAAUGCUCUCAAUAUCAAAGCACAUGAGCUUGGUCUUCAAGGAGAUUCUCAGGGAGGUGUGUUGGAGGAAGUCAUGAAGCAGAAGGACACGAUAAGAGGUCUCCAGAAGGAAAAGGAGCUUCUGACUCAAAAGCUGGAAGAACAAGCGAGGAAUCAAGAGUUAUCAGAUAUUCAAUCACAAUCAGAGGAGUACCUGAAGUUGAGACAGGCGAUCGCAAGGCUCGAGAAUGAAAAGACUGCGUUGUUGGAUCAUAUCGACUUCAUCGACAAUGACAAUGUCAUGCUCGAAUCUUUCUACGUCACAGCAGAGGCAAUAGUCAACACUCUAUCCAAUCAAAUGUCAAGGAUCACGAGACUUACCAAGGCGGAGAAAAACAAACUGAGAGAGCAGUGCAAAUAUCUCGAGACAGAGCUGAGCAAAGUUCUGCAAAUGUUGUCCCACAAGGAUGAUCUCUACGCGGAGAGUAAAGCGGUGCAGGAAGAGCUUCUUGACGCGCUGAGAGACGUCAAAGCUCGAGCUGCCCAGACUGAGAAUGAAGUGGAUCGACUUCGGCUAGUGGAGGAGACUCAUCAGAGAUGCAGCCAGGAGAUGAGAAAACUUAUUCAAGACUAUGAAGGAGACAAACGAAACCUGGUCGAGGCGGUAUCCAACCUCAAUCUCGAGCUCUCCUCUGCAAAGGCAGAGGUCGAAGCCUUGAAGUCAGCUGUCGAUAACAGUCGGAACAUGGAAGCAGAGGAGUUGUCCUCCAUGGAUCGGCCCAGUUUCGCCUCCAGCGUUCCGUUUCACCGCCAGGCACAGCUUCCGCUGCCAGAGGACUUCGACCGCCCUCUCUCGACAUCGUACGAGAACACUUCCAUGAGCUCAACCACGCACUCUCCCGCCAUCUCCUCAAGUCACCGGGCCAACGACUCUCACCAUCACGAGAUGUAUAGAUUGGGCCAUGCUGGCAGCGCUAAGAGGGACCCUUCAGACAGCCUGCAAGUCUCCUCGAGGGACGUGAUGGGGAUGGAAACGACCUCGAUGAACUACUCCACUCAGUCUUCUUCUCACCUCAAGUACGACGUUCUCCAUCCUCAGGCAGGGAGACAGGCGCACGGCAGCCACGGGAGGGUGGACACUUCUUCAUCGCUCCAUCACUCGCACUUUGACGCUGCCGGCGAUCAGACUCUCUUGUACUCUCGCGCCGACACGUCAGCAAGGAGAGGGCAAGACAUCAACGUCGAGACUCGCUCUGCUGGAAGCCUGGACGACCUCAACGAGACUCCUCGGUACGCAGCUGAAGCCCUACGGAACUCUCUGCAGGACUGGAACUCGAUGGCUAGCGCAAACUCGCCGCCUCCCCUGAAGCAUCAGCCCAGCAAGCCGUUCCUUCCAAGCCCUCCUCCCCAGCUGACCCCGAAGCGUCCGAUUCACACAAUGAAGAACCAGCGCUGGACUGCGGGUGUCAAUGACAGGAGCGGCAGCAUUGGGGGUCAAGCGUUUCUGCAUGCGGACAGUCUUGCUGCUUCCUCUGAACAAACCGUGCUCUUUGGACUGGAUCCGAACGCUUCUAGAAUGUCUUCGUAUCGCCCUCCAAUGCGGUUGGCUCAGAGCGAGGCAAUCAGAAGUUUCGACCCUCUCACUCCUGGUGUCGACGUCGGCUCCUCUUCCUCCAUCACACACAAGUAUCUUCGUUGA